CCUCGUUCUGCAGUGCUCCAGCGGCGUGUGUUGGCGCAGGCACAUCGCGAUGACCGUUUCCAACGUGAUCCACGAAGCCGCGAAUCCGACCACAGUGUUUACAGUUUGGUGCAUAGCCGCAACCACUGGCCUUCUUCCCGUUACCACCUGUUCCGCGUCGGUAUUACUACAAAAUCGUCACCUGUAGCAACGGCGACUCCGUGAACGUGCGCGUUCAGCAAUGGUGAACUUUGCCAGGGCGCUCGUUACCAAGGUGUGGAAGUUGGUGCUGGGAUUUUUCGGCGUCCUUCGCCGUGCAAUGUGCUGCUUCCGAAAGCGCCGCAGGGCAUCUGACGUCGGCCUACCAGUCUACCUGACGGCUCACGGGACCGAGCCAUGCACCAUACAGCAGCUGACGGACGAUCUCCAAAGUUGGGACUCGUGGAACGAAGAAAAUGGGCCGGUGUCAGUGCAAGUAGACUCUUCGGGGAACCAGGGUUCCCAGAGGCACGCUUCGGCUGCCAAUGGCCCCGCGAGUGGACGGCCGUCAGGCCCCGGCAGUCGUGGUUCCGGGGACCAGAGGCGGGACUCGCAGAGCGAUGACGACUUGGACUUCUUCAAGGACAUGGCGCCCACAAACAUCCGGCAGAAGAAGUACAUACCUCGUGCCAAGGACAGUCUCGGUGCGACACUUGGUGCCGGUUUCUCUAGUCGCCUCAAGUUUGAUGCAAAGGCUGUGCUGCCGUACCAGGGUGCAGAACUGGGUGUGCUCGAGGACCACGACGACGCUGUGGAGGCCAGCUGGGAGGACCAGGCAGAGCUGGAGGUGGACUCUGCGAUCCGUGAGAAGCGCCAAGCUGAAAGGGAGCGCCGCAUCGCGGAGCACCAGCGGAGGAAACGUGAGAAGGAGCAGCUGCGUACUGGUACUGGCAACGUCGCACCAACAGCUAGUGUCAGUGGGUCGCAUUCCUCGCCGCUCAGCCCUACGAGAAAGGUCUUUUAAGGCGCUGUCAUUGCCGCUGUUCUCAUGUGCCAUGGACACGCUCGGAGACCAGGAAUGAGCUCCUGCCUUUUGUUGGCUUUAUAAUCGGCGGUGCCAAGCUGCAAGCGAGGAUGUGGUUGCUUCUUUAACAGUAUGCAGCGCAACUCCUUGUCGUGCGCGUGCAAUGCCAACACCAACUGCCCAGUGACAUGUGUGUCUGUGACCAAGUGACCGAUGACGAGUGGUAUCGAAUGCCAGGAACCUGAAGGAAUGAUCUUUUGUUAUUUUCAUACAUGUGGCUUUCAAGCUCACGGAAAGUACAUCCUCUACUGUGCAUCAGUUCAAUUGUUCAAGCCUGUGCGCAACGCACAACAGUCAUCCAAGAAACAUUCACUGCAGUGUAUGGGACGCAGUGCUGACCUCGUUUUUUGCUCUGAGAACAUGUUACUUGACGUUUUCUUUUUUUCCAAUUUUUACGCCAGUUAGUUGGAGUGUUAGAGAUUUAUAGGUAGAGUGCUUGUUUUGUAGUACAUAGAUGACUCAUUGCGAGUGUUGAUGUGUGGCGCUUGGUUGAUGAGGGAAUCGGCAUUUUGAGCAAGCGAGAAAGUUGAUGACAAACUUUGGAUAUGGACACUUUUUGUUUGCCAUUUGCUCUUGUUGUAAGUGGCGUUUCUACAAGUAGCAGAGUCCACAGUACUUUCGUUCAGGCCAGCCGAACUGUGCAGCAUGUUGGUAUAUAUUGUUCCUCCAGUGUUGCCGCAUCUGCAAGUGGGAACGACCAGAUUGGGAGCACUUUGUGAUAGAAUGUGUCACAGGCGUGACUGCGUGAAUGUGUCUCGUGUAGCUGUGAGGGUGUGCCGCGGAUGUCAAUGCGUGAACGCAUUGCUGUGCAAAUGCAUUAUACAUGCAACUGUGUGCAUGAGUCGCAUGUGACACACUCCCAUACAGCGUGACGACAAGAAUGUGUCAUAGAUGAAAGACUGACGUGACUCAACGUUUACCAGUUGCUCGGUAAUUGUGCAGUAGUGUGCGUUGGGCAUUUGCUGAAGGAGUCAAAAGCAAGGGUGAAUCAGCGAAUCGUCCUAGAGUAACUACAAAUUUCUGUUACUGAAAUAAAUAAAAACAAUUGUAGUCUGCUGAAUGUCGGCAGGCUUCUGCUUCUCUACGUCGCUUCUACACAAUCUCGGUUGCUUGCAACUGCAGUUCAUGGCAGUGGGAUGUUUGUAAUGCAUAGUCUAAUUGCUAAGGUAGUGCCACAUCGGUUCAUAUCCCUUCACAUGCCUCGUGCACCUUAUCACCCUCGUAUAGUGGCUAAGUGGCUGGUCCCAGAUGUGGAAAUGCGUGAUGGAUUGUUUCCAUGAUCGAAACGAGAUGCUAGGGAACCACACGAUAUGUUCUCAUGCAUAUGUGCACACACGUCUUUCCUGCUUGAGCUCAUGCACUUCAGCUAGCUCUUAUACAAAAGUCUCUGGACAUUCGUUGAAGAGAAGUACCUACUCAUGCACCCGCCCAUCACAGAGCACUGGAUUGCAUUUUCUGUUUGUAAAACUGAGACUGCGUGUAAGGAUUGGUAAGGUAUGCAGGAUUUGAAUUAUCAGAUUUUACUAGUGCGCAUGUAUUUUUAUUUGGCUGCCGUCUAAUGUGUUGUUGCAUAAUGGCGUGAAUAGGUGCAUGACACGUGCUGACCGUGACACAAAUGAGUGCAAGCCAAAGCCCAUGGAAGGAACACCAGUCCUCAACUAGAUAUGCAUGUGUUCAUGACUGGACUUAAUGUGUUGUUUGGAAAGGUGAAGACCGUGGCAUACCCUUUAUCCUUGAUUGUGGGGUAUCAUCUUUCCGCUGCUCAAUUACAAGUCGCCGUCUGUGCAUGUUAAUCUCUUUAGUCUUUUACAUUAAACAUGCCCUCAUUGUAUACUUGGCUUAUGAAAAUGCCAGCUGGGCCUUGUCGCACAGAGCACUAUUGUCAGCUUGGUGGUGAAGUAUUUGCUGUGAACAGUCAGGUGCUCAAAGUCUAAUUUUCUGUUGUAGAAAGCUAGGGCUUCAUAGCAUUCAGUCGAACAUCUUUGGGGAAUAGCAUACCUGGAAAGUUAUGCUCAUUGAUUGCACUUGAUUCCGUGCUUUAUUGUUUGGCUGUUUUCUUCUCAUAUCGAAUUGGGCAGUCUUGCCCAGAUUCGCACUGUAUUACUGUGUCCAAUUCUAUCUAGCACCAGUGCUUUUUGUGCUACCAGCUCAUUAGCUCGUUGGCCUGAGAUCUAAGCAGUUAAACAUGGCAGUUGCAUUGCAAUUGCAGUAUGAAAAUUGCACUGUCAUGGACAAGUAUAACGCAGACAAGAGAAAAAUUUUUAUCUGAAACAGUUCUAGGAGGCAGUGUCAACUUGAGAGCUCAAUAUAAUAUCGCUGUGCACUAGUCACUAAUGAUGCUGUAGGGCUCCGUCGAAUCUACUGCAAGCUGGAACUGCGGUCGUAACCGUGCAGAUUGGUAAAAAUCAUAACAAACGAAUGCAUUCUGAUUUUUCCGACCUUGCGUGUGUUUUAUUAGUUUGCAAUAGUACAGAAGUGGCUCCCUCUAGCGGUUGAUAGCCUCCACAAGCAGUUGUUUAUUAUUAGUUUGUUUUUUGUCAUAUUUUCCUCCAUUCACUGUUGGGGAGUGAAGCGAAUGUCAUCAGGACCUCGGCGAACAUGGCCUUUAUCGUUUCGUCAGCGAAGGUUAUUGACAUGCACACUCCCGCUCCACGUGACGGUUCAGUCUCUCACAUCUCAUUCUUUCUGCUAUUCUUUCACAUUGUUGACUCUCUUCCCAGUUGCACUGAGCCAUGCUCUCCUACACACUGCAAAAAAUCUAAUGUUCUUCUUUUUUUUUCACCCAGAAAGUGUUGCAAUUCGCUUGCUUGGUAAAAAUGCAAACUAUGCACAGCUCAUUUGGCUGCAGUACACUUCGCGCUUUACUGAUGCCCAAACUUUAUAUCCAUCUUUCAAGUAUAAACAUGUGUAAUUAAGAUGUUUUGGCAUGUGUUCAUCAAGCCUUACAUAAUACUGCUGUUAUAAUGUAAUAUCACCUAGUCACAAUGAAUUUGUUAAGAAUAAUUACACAUCUGUAAGAAAUAAAGUUAUGCACGAUUUCAGAAGCUCUUGUAUUAAUGAUAAAAUAUCGGAGCAAGUUUAUAUGUAGUGUUUUUUUUAGUGGUUUGUGAUGGUGCAUUUAGCGAAAGUUCGUGUACAUGCUUUCUGCGUUCUGUAGCAGUUAAUUUCUGAUUGCUGUUUUGUGUGGAAACAUACUUUAUGACAUGGUAAAAAUUUGGCCGAUAGUUGUAGUGUGCGCACGUGCCACUUGAAGAUGAAACAUGUCCACUAAGCGAAAGGCAUGGGCCACAUAACUGAGUUUUCUACGCCUGGUGUCUCUCAAGUUCAAUGUUAUGUUUUACUUGAGUACUGUACAACCCCAAGAAAAUGCUUCAAUUUUUCCAAGAUUAUUUUAUGAUACACUCAGGUCAGCUGCUUUCACGCUAGAAUCUCUCUCCAUGCCCGUGAGCUGUUAACUGCAGUAACAUUUACUCAUUAAGCCCUGCCUUGCUAUUGAGGCAGGGCCUCACGACCUCACAAGAGUGGUUUUUAUUGAAAACAUGAUCUCUUUUGCCAUACUGAUAAUAUAAAUUACACCCAUCAGAUUCUAAAUUUCUAGCGUGUAGGUGUCGUUUUGUAGGGACAUAUCGAUAAUUUGUCAAGAUAUUUGUACAACUAAUUGUAUGUUUGAAAGUAUGUAAAUUAUAGUGACAUAGUUCCAGCAAUCGAGCAAGCCAUGUUGGGGCGCUGCAAAUGGCAGUAAAUGGCCUUUCGAUGAGAUACAUUUAAUUGUUAUCGGAUACAACACUUGUGAGUUCAGUUAGACUUUCCCCAAUUUUUAAAUGUUUAUUCUAGAACUCUAGCUGGCAAACUUGGUGGAGUGCCAUUAAUGCCAAUAUUGUUGACAAAAAGGACACAAACAUGGAAUUGAAACGAGCAUCCUUGCCAGUCAAUGCCCCAAGAAUAAUGUAUCACCACAAUUCCUUCAGUUCAAGUCCAUUGCAGUCUCAUCACUUGCUGUGUCAACAACCCACGCCUUAUGGUGAUUUUCAAGGCAGCAUGCUGUCUUAAAACUGAUGAAAACUUUAUCGUUUGUAUAGAAUGUGAAUUGAGAAGGCAAUGCACAGCAUGAUUUUCUGUGCAAUUUGACAUACGACUAAUCGUUAUCAGCCAUGUCCACCAAAAUUCUACUGUAACACAUUCAGUACCUUCAGUUGUACCCCUCAUCGUUUUGUUCUCACGUGAAUGAGCUUUUUAGACGCAACAUUCAGAAGUUUUCUAUAGUUAUUCCCCUGCUGGAAUGAUUUGAAAGCUUGUCAGACUUUCUUGUCGGUAUGAGCGAUCUUGCGUUAGUUCUGUAUGCAUUAUCAUACUGUGUCCCGGUGCUUUUUUCUCAUGUUAUUCGGGCUCUGAUACUCCUGCUUUGUUGGAUGCACCAUGUUUAUUUGCAGAGUUUGCUCGUGAGUGCGUGUACAUACUGGCUUUCUUCGCCGAAUGUGAACGUCAUUCACAUAACAAUGAAUACUGUUGGAAGAAAGGUCGUGAUGUCACAUGCUUCUUGGCACCUUCCUCAUGCAACUUUUCAAGGCCGACACGCACAUUCUUGCACGAAAGCCCAAAGCACCCACACUUUCCUGCAAAUCUACUGAAGUGACCAUGUUUUACACAACAUUAUGAAGCAUUAGUUUAAGUCGUCACUAGGUGAUGUUAAAAAGCCCAAAUUCGGCAAUCAUUUGCUAGACAAAGCCAAAAUCUCACUCCAGAAAGCCAAUGUUUGUGGUACAGUCGAUGUGCAUGCGUCUCAUAAGAAUUCAGCUUGCCCAUUGAGCAGGCUCCUGUGCUUGAAAAUUGUACGUUUUAAAUUUCUGAUGUGCUGCAGUGGUUCUGGAGUGUGUAAGAGAGAGAGAGGGGUAAAAUCUGCUUUUAUUCCUCCACCAACCAAGGGUCGGGUGCAACUUGCCUCCGCCUGGCAGACUUUUGAGUUUCCUUGUCUCUCUGUAGCUUCACUGGGAAGCUUGAUCACACAGUGUCAGAAAAACGCUGCUGUUGGAAAUUAUUCACUUCUCCUGACGCAUUGUUUCGAGUGCCGUACAUCUGAAAAUGAGCGCUACUGGAGCACUUGAAAAUCUGAGUGUUGUUUUAACAAACUUGCUGCCUCUGUGCUGAGGUAUAAGAUAACUUUCGUCUCCUCAUUGUUGCUAUUGAUUGGGAUGCUUAGAAAGAGUGAAAUGAAUGUGGGGCAGUGUUUUGCUUAUAGAGGUGAAAUUAUUGUUAUGUAUAAUAAAACAUUUUCCAAAUUAUUCAAA